AUGGAAUCUCACAAGGAUUGGGAUAAAAUAUUACCAGAAGUACAACGGUGUAUUGACUGGUCUCCGAGUAAGUCGACUGGAAAACCUACUUUUGGACUCUUGUAUGGAUACACGCCAGUAAAGCCUGGAUAUUUUCUUCAAGAUCUACUACCAAUAUCAAAUGACUACGUAAAUCCAACAAAACUGCAAAGAGAUGCCCAGGAAAGUAUUAUCAGUGCACAAGAAAAGAUGAAAAGGAUUUAUGACAAACAUCGAUGUGAUGCAUUUAAGUACAAUAUAGGUGACGUUGUGGUCGUUGCUCAAACUGCCUUAUCUGACACUAAAACCCAAGUUAAGUACAAAGGUCCUUUAACAGUCAUCAAAACAUUACCAUCCGACACUUAUCAACUUACUGACUUACAGUUGGACUAG